AUACAUUAUUUCAUUGUGAAAUAUAUAUUGCCAAGAUUGUGUUUUUACUAUUAGGCAAUAUCAGAGGGUUUAACCACAUAAUAAGUGAUAUGUUUCUGUGCUACUGGAUUGCACGUUACAUUUUACGCGUUUAUUUUGAAAUGCACUUCCGCGUCGUUAAAUCUUCAGCUUGACGCAGUUGUUUUGAAAACAGGGCUGAGAGCAGCACUGCGGUGUUUCAGAGCAGCGUUGUUAUCCGAGCGGUCCGUCACCAGACUCCUCGGACUUCUCUCAUUUUCCUCGACGGCUUCUCUCCUUCUCUGUUUUUUUUUCAUUUUUUCCACACACACCUCCGGGACUCUCAGAAAUAUAAUCACUAAAUGACAGCCUCUCUCGCCCGCUGGGAGGACAGCUGGUGCGGUGAUAACAUCGGAGGCGGGUUGAGGGGGAGGCGGGCGGGAUGCCCUUGACUUGGGGAGGAGGAGUUAGGAGGAGAAGGGGGGCACCGUCAUGUAAUGUACGGAAAGAAGUGACAUUGUGACUGUGUGGUCUUCAUUGGCAGGGGCGUCAGGGAUGCGGUGCAGCCUCUGCAGGUCCAUAUCAUCCCUGCCAGCCAAGGAGCAGCGGCGUCCUGCUCAGAGUGGAAACGCUGUGCAUCUGCAGGGAGCCUUGGCCCUGGAGCUCCGCCGGUCAAGCUGAGGAGGCCCGAGCGGUCUCCAUCUCCGGAUUAGAUGGUGGCAGAAGGCAAGUGUGCAUGACAAGAUAAACAAACCCAGAGGCUGUACUGCCUGCGCUGCAGAUAAGCAGAAGCUGUGAGGCCAGUUUGACUUUGGUUGUUGCUUUUUUGGGCCUCUUUAGGUACCACAGACUCUAUUUGUGGGAGUAGAUGUACCUAUUAAUAAUAAAUGUAAUGGGCAGCAGCCCCUGAACUGUAGAUGUGGGCUUGAAACUGGGGACGGGUUAUUUUUCUAACGCUUAAAGAAAGGUGGGUUUGACUGGAAAAAAAUGGCUGACCACGAAGAAGCCGAGUUGUCCGAGUCCCUUCAGAAGGAGGAUGGAUUUUCCAGUGAGCUGGAGGAACCAGAUACAAACUUCAAAUCUAAAAGUAUGCCCAUUUUAAAUGAAGCAGCGCCCCAAAAGGAAACCUUACUGGCUAGUUCUGUGCAGAUGUCCAUAACGGCAGAAGAGAGUGCAGAAUUCAUCCAGCUCCCGGACAAAACCGAGUCCUUUGAGGCAGAGUCCCCAACGAGAACAAACUACCUGCCCAAGCCAGGGAAGGCGGCGUUGAACAGGCCGAGCUCGUACAUGGAGAACACGGAGAUCCGCAGGAGUAAAAACAUGGUGAGGAGGAAGCCUCCCGGGUUUUUCGCCUCCAGGCUAGCGCAGAUUCGUCUGCCCAGCAGGAAGUACCUCAGCGUUAUCUUACAGGACUCUCGCUGCUUCCUGUUCUGCAUGUGCUACCUGACGUUCAUCCAGUCACUCAUGGUGUCGGGCUACCUCAGCAGCGUCAUCACCACCAUAGAGAAGAGGUAUAGCCUGAGGAGCUCCGAGUCAGGCCUCCUCGUCAGCUGUUUCGACAUUGGGAGCCUCCUGGUGGUCGUCUUCAUCAGCUACUUUGGCGGGCGGGGUCAGAGGCCUCGCUGGCUGGCGGUAGGCGGGGUUUUCAUCGCUGUGGGCGCCGCCCUCUUCUCCUUACCUCACUUCAUCUCCCCGGCCUACCAGAUCCAGGAGGUCAACUCAUCCUCCGCCAACGAGGGCCUGUGCAUGAACAGCAACGCCAGCGGCAGGGACCGUGUCGACAUCACUUCCUGUCCCAGAGACCAGGAGGGCAACGAGCACAAUCUGUACGUGGCGCUGUUCAUCAUCGCUCAGAUCCUGGUGGGCAUGGGAUCCACGCCCAUCUACACGCUGGGCCCCACCUACCUGGACGACAACGUGAAGAAGGAGAACGCCUCACUGUAUCUAGCCAUCAUGUAUGUGAUGGGGGCACUGGGUCCAGCAGCCGGUUACCUGCUGGGAGGAGUCCUCAUCGGCUUUUAUGUGGACCCCAAGACUGUGGUCAACAUUGACCAGAGCGACCCUCGCUUCAUCGGCAACUGGUGGAGCGGGUUCCUGCUGUGCGCCGUGGCCAUGCUGCUGGUCAUCUUCCCCAUGUUCACCUUCCCCAAGAAGCUGCCGCCCCGACACAAGAAGAAGAAGAGGAGGAAAAAGCUGAGCCUGGACGACCUGUCCAGCGACGACGACGUCCUCAAGGAGAAGAGCAACAACAGCAAGAGCCAGACGGUCACCUCGUCCAUGGGCUUCGGCAAGGACAUUAAAGACCUGCCCAAAGCAGCGGUGAGGAUCCUCAGCAACGUGACCUUCUUGUUCGUCAGCCUGUCCUACACGGCAGAGAGCGCCAUCGUCACCGCUUUCAUCACCUUCAUCCCCAAAUUCAUCGAGUCUCAGUUUGGCAUCCCGGCCUCCAACGCCAGCAUCUACACCGGUGUGAUUAUCGUGCCCAGUGCCGGCGUUGGCAUCGUCCUGGGCGGCUACAUCAUCAAGAAGCUGAAGCUGGGAGCUCGCGAGUCGGCGAAGCUGGCCAUGAUCUGCAGCGGAGUGUCCCUGCUCUGCUUCUCCACGCUGUUCAUCGUGGGCUGCGAGAGCAUCAACCUGGGAGGAAUCAACAUCCCCUACACCACCGGACCAACUCUCACCAUGACCCAGAGAAACCUGACCGGAGGCUGUAAUGUGAACUGUGGCUGUAAAAUCCACGAGUACGCUCCGGUCUGCGGCUCCGAUGGCAUCACGUACUUUAACCCCUGCCUGGCCGGCUGCAGCAGCGUGGCCAACGACAGCACCGGGAUUCGUAACUACUCAGACUGCGCCUGUGUCCAGAGUCGGCAGGUCAUCACGCCAUCGUCCAGCGGUCAGGGCAGCAACCAGCUGCAGCUCGUCAUCGUCAAGACCUACCUGAACGAGAACGGCUACGCCGUGUCGGGGAAGUGCGACCGCACCUGCAGCACCCUCAUCCCCUUCCUCAUCUUCCUUUUCAUUGUCACGCUCAUCACUGCCUGCGCCCAGCCCUCCGCCAUCAUCGUCACCCUCAGGUCGGUGGCGGAGCAGGAGAGGCCGUUCGCUCUGGGAAUGCAGUUUGUUCUUCUCAGGACUCUCGCCUACAUCCCGACACCCAUUUACUUUGGUGCCGUCAUUGACACCACCUGCAUGUUGUGGCAGCAGGACUGCGGCGUCCACGGCUCCUGCUGGGAGUACGACGUCACCUCUCUGCGCUUCGUCUACUUCGGCCUCGCCGCCAGCCUCAAGUUCCUCGGCUUCCUCUUCAUCUUCCUCACCUGGUACUCCAUCAAGUACAAGGAGGAGCGGGUGGAGCGCUGGCUCAAGCGCCACCUGUCGCCCGUCGACACCGUAGGCAGCCUCGUCUGCCACCCGGGCGGCCACAAGGGCCACGCCCGCACCCGCUCCUGCCCCGUCAACAUCCCACGAACCGACCCCAACGCUCUGCCCGCCAACGGCCCGCCACGCGCCGGUGCCCUCAACCGCGGCGUCAGCACCCAGAGUUGCCCCGGCAACGAGCUCAAAGCAAUAACUCCUCCUCCUCCGGCUGCGCCGUCACCCGCAGCGACACCCGCCCCCGUGCCGGCUCAAUCGCUGGAGCACGUCUCAGUCCGAGUCUGAGUCUCAGAAGGGGGGCGGGCGAUGAAGCAGGUCUCACUGAUUUUACUUUUAUUCUGAAAUCUAGUCAGCUGGAUUUCAGCACCAGUCAUCACGUGGAGGUCCUGCUCUUAUCUCAAAACUCUCGCUUGGCUGGUUAAACACUCAAAGUGGCUUUUCAGUUUUUCGUUUGCACCACCGACCGGAGGUCCUGAUCGAUUCCGAACCUCGAGAUCAGCGGUCAAAUGAUGAAAAGUUGAAAUCAUUUGAGGACCAACUGGCCCGGAGGACUCAUCUCUGACACAAAAAAUCUGCUUGGUCGGUGGAAACGUUGAAAGCGUCCAGGUGUUGUCUUUGUUGUCCACCAGCCGGCGCAGUGACUGGACAAAAGCUUUGCUUUGGAUAGAGGAGAGUCCAUCGCUCAUGAACCCCAACUGCCCCCUCCACGCCCCCCCCCCUCACUUCGGCAAUAUGUGCCUUCUGUCACCACGGUCCUCACAUGUAUAGUACAUGUACAAACACACACCCACCACUGGACGUCCCCUCAGACUGUGGUCAUCCUGUAGGAAUAAAGAGUCACCUGAACAGAUACCUCAGCGCCACCAAUCCUCCCGCCUCCCCUUCACCUCACGUCUGUUUGCUUCUUCUUCAUUUGUGUUUUUUAUUUCUUCACAACUUUUUGUUUUCCAAAAACUGCAUAUCAAAAAAAAAAAAAAAACAACAACAAAAAAACAAAAAACCCUAUGGAAAUGUGAUACACUGCAAUUAAGUGUUAAGAACUGGAAACCGAUGGCAUGGUGCUAUGUAAAAAAAACAAUGUUUAGCGUUCAUUUUUUGUUCUUUUUGGCUGUUUUUUUGUGUUUUUAGGGUUAAAAACAUUUGAAAAGAACCCAACUGGACAACAGGUCACUGGGCUAAGCAGCUUGGCACGCACAGAAUGCAUUCCUGUCCGAUGCAAGGCCUUUUGUUGCUCCCCCCAACACAAUGACACGUAGUAUUACUGCUGGAAGUCGGAUUGUUUGGCUUUUGCCAGCUCCAUACAAUGCAUCCAUAUAUCCGAGCUGUUCUCCCCCCUCCUUCCUCCCAAAUGGCACCCUGAUAAGUGGUUUAACCUGAAAAGAACAGGAUCGGCAUUUUCCUCCUGACCACAUUCCUGGCUGGACGAGUCACUAGGGUCCUCCAACACCGCUAUGCUUGGAGAAGUUUUCGAGGUUGGACUCUUUGCAUUCUUGACAGGCUGUAAUUGUGACUACUCACCAGGCUCAAUGAGAGACGCAGCCAAUCAUCUACCCACAGCAACACCCAACAUUUGUACUAAACACGUAGGAAGACAAGUAGUCGACCAUCACGUAGAGGUCAUCAAUGUCGUCGUCUUUUCUUCGUCAACUCCAGAAAUAAAAGCUGCUGGUGAAAUUUGGGAAGAAUCCCAGACAGGAGAGUGUAGUUCCUCACCCUGCAUCACGUCGGCUUAGUGUUUGAACAGUAGCACCAGUGGUUUAUGGGUAAUGACCGUCUUGCCCGAAAGAAAAACAGGAUGUGCCGUUUUCUUCACCACAUGCCAGAAUAUAUGCAAAGUAAAAAAGAAGGCGACAGUUUACAGGUGGUGAAAAGUUUUGAAAUUUAGCAAAAUCACAGGGAAAGUACAGAAAAGGCUACUGAUCACUGCAGCUAAUGAUUGUUUUCUUUAUCUAUAAAUCUACUGAUGAUUCUUUCAAAUUAAAAGAUGGAUUGUUUGAUCAAAAAAAAGUCGAAAAUAGCAAAAAUUGUUAAAAAAAAAAAAAAAAACGCCCAUUGAGUCCUCACAUUUGAGAUGCAUUUGAAACUUAAACGUUUAGUGUUUUUGUUUGAUAAAUUACUUCAAUCGAUUAUCAAAAAUGUUGUUGAUUACAUUUCAGUUGACUUAUAUUUUUAGCACUAGCUUGUCCCCAGACACGUUUUUUUUAUUUUUUUGGUUUUCAAUAGUUUAGAUCGAGGAGUUGAAGAAGUUCUUUGUGGCGAAUAAUUCUUGCUGCAGUCGUUUCACCAAACCAUAACCACACUGUAAACAAAUCUCCAUCUUAAUAAGUAAUUGUUUUUGUCUACUAUUGAGCCCUUUUCUUAGAAACUGGUGAAAAAAUCUGCCAGGACCGAACAAAACAACCUCAACCCGACCUUCAUUUCGUCGUCGUUACAGAGCGUUUGAUCAUUUCAGAUGGUCUUCCUCAGUAGAUGAAUUAUAAAGUUGAAAAUGUAAUAAAAUUUAUAUAUUUUUUUAAGGGGUCAUCCAUCCAAGUUAAUGUUCAUUCUGGACUUCACAAAACCCCAACACAGGAUCCAUUCAGUGGCUGUUCUGGAGUUUUGAUAGGGUCGCUCUGCUCUGAUUGGUCAGAUUCCGAAAUUUCAUCGGUUUCUGGGGCAACGUAAAUAAACACAUCAACGCAGCCAUUGGUUUCUACAGAUCAGAAUUACAUUCACAUACAUUUACAUCAUUAUUUGAAACUUAAGCCACGUUUAAUACAAACGUCCGAUGUUGUAAGGCUACAUAUAUGACAGAAAAUAAGGAAAAAUGUAAUAGGUCCCCUUUAAGUGAUCAGAAAAAAAUGGGAAUUUGAAUAUACACAACUCCAUCUGCUGUGGAAGAUCACCUGCUGUGACUGAAAGCUCCAGAACAGCCACUAAAAGGUGAUCGGACGCUGCUUUACAAUCAAGAAAACUGACUUGAAACAGGUUGAUUUGUUGGCAGAUUUCUUUCACUGGUUUUAAGAAAAGUAAACAUUUGAGACUCAAUAAUAGACAAAAAAUUACUUAGAUGGAUUUUUUUUUAACAGUGAAGAAAAGUCACAUUGGAUGCAAAAAAAACCCAAAAACAAAAUCCUCAUAAUUUUUCAAAGAGCGUCUGGCAUUUUGAAGAGGAAUAAUGUGUUGAAAGAAAGCAGGGAGAAAAUUAUGUUUUUUAUUUUUCAGUAGUAAAAAUUCAGUGACAUUUAAAUCGUACUCUGAAAUUAGUUAGGUGGUAAAAUAGUGAAAGUUUGGGGUUUAGCAGACUAUGGAAGCAAAGAAGCGCUGUAAAAAUAAUAAAAAAAAACUGAUAAUGAAAUUGAAACACCACCGUACUGGAGUGUUUUAUUUUGAAAACCAUCUGCAAUUUCAGUGGGAAAAAAAACUGAAAAAGUCUUGAAGUUUCCAGUAGUUCAUCUGAACAUUUCUUUGACCGUCUGAUCCAUUCUCUGUAAACUGGAUGUUCACCUUUUGAAUUCUUCAUGUUGAAUUUGGGCAUCUGAAUUUCACCAAUCUACUUUGAAAAACCAGAUGUUUUGACGUGAAUUUUUAGUUUUAAAACUUAAUAUUCAACAUUUUGAUUUUUAUUUAUUGUUAAAACAAACACACACAUGAAAACUUUUUACGUUCUUGAAACUGCACCACUUAAAACAAUUGUAUGCGUCAACUCAGACAAACGGUUUUCACAGUAAAAUAUUCCAGAGCUGUAAAUUUAGGAUCAAAUUAUUAUGGUGUUUGUUUGCUUCCACUGUGGUCAGGGAAUGACUCUAGGUGAAAGGGUUAGUACAAGGCAUUUCUGAGCUGUAAGGUGACACAGUAUUAAUUAAAGCAGUAUUACCAUGUAUUUCCUAAACUGCAGCCUCCUCAUGGCUCUUGCCCAGGAGCGUUACAACAAUGUGAAUCAUCAUAUUUGUUUGCCUUUUGUUACAGAUCUUUUCUUUACACUGUUUUUUUUUCUUCUCCUGUUUAUCCUGAAUCUUCAGACCUCAGUGAAGACGUUGUGUUUAGGUUCAGCGUUUCAUGUAUAUAAACACAACGUGCAGCAGUCAGUCGCUGUCCUCUGAGGACACCCGCUGGUCAAACGUGGAACAGCACGUGGAGGUAGAGCAUAGAAACAAAAGAAUGACCAGAACAGUACACUUACCAAACCAGUGAAGUGUGGAUGGUGAAGUUUGUCUCUCAUGUCAUCAGUAUUUUUACAUUUGAUAAUAGUUUUGUGUAUAAAAGAGGCAGAAAAUUGAGAAAAUGAAAACAGAUGUUUUCAGUUAGUCUGACGUUUUCUUGAUUUAUCAAAUAAUCGUUUUGAAAAACGUCAGCUUGUUUCCUCAGAACAGCUGUGCAAAACACAAAUAUAUUCAAUUUAGUUUUGCAGAAGCAAAUCUUCAAAUUUAACCACACUCAGAAAACUACCCUAAAGUUAAAGUGGUGAUUUGAUAUUUUUAUACCAGGCAAUAAACAACAUUUAAACCUUCAUGUUUAGAUCUUAACAGUUUUUAUAAAUCCAAAUAAUAAAAAUAGGCGUCUGAGGUUGAUACUACUUUGAUAACAAAAGCUAAACAUUUGAAUGAAUUUUAAAAAAAUUCAAUUUGUGGAAAUAAUAAUUUUACAUGGUUUAGUUUUAAGAGUAAAUCUAGCGAUAAUCUUUGUUUUUCUCAUGUUCCAAAAACAAUUAAUUGAUCAUUGAAACACCUGCAGAUUAAUUCUCUGUCAACCAGCUGAUCAAAUAAUGAACAACUUGAUCCAACUCAUAAUGUCUAAAGUUAAAUCAGCCUCAUUAUAUCCUCAUUUAUUUUGUAAAUUGUAAAUGAAGCUUUUCAGUUGUUACUUUAAAGAAAACUGUGACUCACAUCUGUUUGGAAAUGUAAAAACAAUGAGAACAUGAGAUUCAAACUGAAGCUGACAUUUUCUGAUGAGUUUCGAGGCUCCAGUGAUUAAAAAAAACAAACUUACAGAUACAGAUGAGAUGAACGUUAAAGACGGAGGGUUGGAAUAACAACAACAAUAAUACACAACAGCAGAGAAGUCAGAGGGGCAAUAAAUGAAUACGGGGGUUGUACUCGUCGAUCAUCCUUUCCAAGAAGAAAACCUGAGGCAUGGUUUCAGUACUCAACAUAGUAGAGACAGUAGUAGAGUAGAAGUAGAAACACACAAAACAACAUUCCAUUUUCAUGUACAACAAAAUACAGAUCACAACUAACUCCUGUGUCGAUCCGUGUAGUGUUUAGCGAAGCACCGAGACACUCAUCCACCUACGUUCAGUUUUUUUUUUUUUUACUGUGCCUACGUUUUACAUUUAAUCUGCUGUUUCAUUUGGUUUGUGCGACGCUCCUGAUUCAGCUGGUGUCGGCGGCUUUAACAUCAGAAACGAUGAAGCUGAGGAUGAAAUGUUGGGACCAUCAUUGUAAAUCUUAAAAAUUUAGACCUCUUAGCGGUAUUUAAUUCCAUAACAAGAGCUACUCUGGCACUUUAGAUGAGUUUGAAGGGGCUGGUGGUGUUGGACAAAUCUCGUGAAAAGACCAAAACAAGUUUUUCAACACUUUUUAUCGUCCCUGUUGUGUCUUCAGCUCUCAGCUCCAAACUUGGCUCCUACUGAAGAUUUAAAUCUUUAAAAUUCAGGUAUAAAAUAUUAAGUUUUACUCCUAAAUCAGGCUCAAUAAUUUUUUUAAAAAAUCUGGAAACUGUAGUUUUAAACCAACGUUACUCAAACAAGGAAUGUAGUGUUUGUUAGGGACUAUUUUCUGCGGUGGAUUAAUCCACGUUUGAUGCUGAUUGAGUAUUUAAACUCAGUCUCUGUGUUUCAUCCUCACAUUGUUAAUUUUUACCCGCCAUCACCAGCUCCAGGGUUUCACUGCGUCAGUACUACUGUUCAUCCUCCUUUCUGUCGGACAGGAGGAAGCGUUUACCUCCGUGUAUCGUUUCAUGUAGUUAAACGUGGCAUCAUUUCCAGACUGUGACUACAAACUAAGACUGAAUCUGGAUCUGUGUGAGCUCCUUCAGACAGAUGUAGGUUAGUUUACUUUCUUCUUCUUCUUUUUUUUUAUUUUUUAUCAGUAUUGUAUUUAUUUCAAAAGGACAGUAUUUUUGACUGAUGGCCACACUGAACAGAGGCAAAAUGUAGAUUUGUGGACACACUGUUUACAAAUGCCUUGGAUACUUGACUUCUGUCAAUAAAAUGUGAAAAAAUAAAACAGUAUUACAGAAACUA